AAGAAGACGUAUUUCCGCCUACUCAGUCAGCCCGCCUAGUCUAUCAGCUCCCCCUCCUUAAUGUUAGUUAACCAGCUAGCCUAACAUACAGUUGUUGUGGCUAACAAAGCUAAUAACAAUUGCUAGCGUGUACUGUAGAUAGUUAGCUAUCUCGGGGCUUGGCUUUAAUACCGGCGAAGGCAUAAUAAGAUAAUUAUUGUUGUUUAUUCCUGUGACGAUAAAAUGGCGGAAAAGCCAGAGGCUGGAGACAGCGAAGACGAGGUUGAAGAUGUUUAUGAAGUGGAGAGGAUUAUUGACAUGCGAACGGAGGAGGGGGAGGUCCUGUACCGCGUUCGCUGGAAGAACUACUCAUCUGACGAAGACACCUGGGAGCCUGAGGCCCACCUGGAGGAUUGCAGGGAGGUGCUGCUGGUCUACAAGAGGGCUCUGGCAGAGGCUAAGGUCAAGAAAGACCAAGAUGCUAAGAAGGGCAUGAAGCUGCCCAUGAAGAGUGACGUGUUCGAUGCCGACUCUGACAGCGACAGUGAUAAAGACAAGCCCACAGAGCUGCCUGUCAAGAAAAAGAAAAAAAAGAAGCCCCAAGAAGAAGAGGCACUUCUCCCGAAAGAGAAGAGGAAAAAGAAGAAAGACAAGCGCAAGGAGGACUUCAGGCCUCGUCCGGCACCAGAGUCUGAUGAAGAGGAGCUUUCCCCUCCCCCGACCCCGGGCCGCAAUACCAAGAUGUCCGACUCCAAGAAGAGAUUUGUUGAAACUGAUGAUGAGGAAGAAGCCCCCGUGCCCUCCAAGAAGCACAGGAAGGACAAAGCCAAGGAUGGAGGGAAGCAUAGGAAAAAAGAUAACAUCGAGGAAGGGAAGAAGAAAAAGACAAAGAAGGAUCAAAGGGGUGAUCUGGAGUCCACUGAAGAUGAGGCCACCGCCCCCCUAGAAGAGGAGCUUAGCGAGGGGCCAUCUGAGUCCCAGACGGAUGAUACCACACCAACUGAAAAGUCUCGCACUGAUGACAAGCCCAAGAAUAAGAAGGGAAAGUCAGAACUGAAAUUGCAGGGCAUCAAGGACUUCCUUCAGGACAGGAAAGGUAAGAAGCCGGAAACUACUUCACCCACGCUCUCCACAAGCGGCCUUGCAAAACUCAAGAGCCUCGCCUCCUUCAAGAGCCAGAGCCGGGAUGAGCCCACACCAACCUCUGACUCCAGCGACACCCCAGCCCACGUCCACAAGAAGGCCAAGGGCAAGAGCCAGGAGGCCACCUCUGCGCCACCGAAAAUCCCCUCAUCCUCCUUUGGUGCAGGGGCCAGCACCAGUAAGGCCCGAGAGGAGGAGUCUAAAGAGGAAGUGUGCGGGGAUAAGGAACCAGCCACCUCCACUAACCUGUUUGAGAAGUUCCUGUUGAACUGCGAGGCCAAGGACCGCGUUCCCCGCAAACAGAUGGUCCACCAGCCCACCUCUGCAGAGAACACUAAACCACCGAAGCUCAUAGGGAAAGUUGAAAAAAGGACCAAGCCGACAAAGGAGUCACCUGCUCGGAAGCCAGAGCCAGACAAGACCAAACAUAAAGACGCAUUUCGGCCCAGUCAGAGCCCCGCUGCUGUGGAGACUAGUGACAAGGCGGAGGCAGAGGACGAACCCGCCCAGAAGUCAAAGUUUGGCGGAGAGGAACGGAGGGAGGAGGCUCAACGCUUGGAGAGGAGGACCCAAGACGAUGACAGAAGGAGGAGGAGGAGGGAAGACAGCGAGCCACGCCUCUUCAUUGCCUGCGACGACAAUCAAGAUGCCUUGGAGAGCGCUGACAAGUCUGACAAAGGACAAGCCUCUCUUAACCUUGGAAUGGACCUCAACUUGGACUGGAUGACACUGGAGGACUUUCAGAAACAUUUGAACGGAGAGGAUGAGAUUCUCUCUGCUCCACCACUAUCUCCCAGUGAGCUGCGUGAUGCAGUGAAAAGCGGGGAUUACAUGUCUGUGAAACUUGCACUCAAUUCCAAAGAGGAUUACAAUCUAGACCAGGAGGCAUGCACUGUUGAACAGAAGAGUUUAAGUGGCAAAGAGAAGCAUUUAAAUGAGGAAAAGAAGAGUUUAAGUGAUAAUGAAGAGAGGCUUUUAUGUGCAGCAGAUAAUCCUCACCGCAGAGGAAAUCCUCACCGUGAGAGGAGUCCUCUAUACAAAGGGAAUAAUUUACACAAGCAAGAGAAUCCUUCAAACAAUGAAGAGAAGACUUCAUGUGAUGUGGUGAAGACUUUAUGUGACAUGGAGAGAGCUUUAUGUGACAUAAAGAAUUGUGCUGAAGAGAGCAGUUCAAGUGACGACGAGAACAGUUCAGGUGAUGAGGUAGAAGGACAAAGACUGGAUUCAAACGUCCCAAGUGGGUCAGAUCCUCUUCCAUCUAAAGCAGAACGCUCCUGUGAUAAUAAUGUAUCUGAGCAGUCCCUUCAAAAAACCUCACAAGCUAAAAAACCUUGCCGCAAAAAAAGUGUGCCACGGAAAGGUACAAGGUCAAACUUACGUUCUAGCACAAAAAUGACAGUCAGCACAUGUAGUACAACAGAUGACGGUAAAAGAAAAUGGGACAAAAAGUACUUCUGCCUGUAUUGCAAUGAACCACACCACAAAAUUGCAAGACAUUUAGAAAGGAUGCACGCAGAAGAAGCAGCUGUCGCUCAUGCUGUCAGCUUCCCCAAACUCUCCAAAAUCAGGUCUCUCUUGCUUGACCAACUCCGUAACAAAGGCAACUAUCUACACAACUUGGAAGUUCUUCAAAGUGGAGAUGGAGAAAUUGUCACAAAGAAAAGACCCUCUUACAAUGGUGUUUCUGUGCGUGACUACCUGCCCUGCCAACACUGCUUAGCUUUUUUCAACAAAAUAGAUUUAUGGAAGCAUGAGGGCUCAUGUAAAGCCAGAAAAGGACAAGAUGAAAAGAGGGGAGGAAAAAGAGUGCGGGUCCAGGCUGCGUCCUCUCGACUUCUUCCAUUGCCUGUCUACUCUACUGGAGGAUGUGAAGAAAUAAUACACAAUAUGAAUCAAGAUGACAUUCAAUGCCACAUCAAAAAUGAUCCCCUGAUAUGUAAAUAUGGCAAUGCACUAUCUGCAAAGCAUGGCCAUGCCAAGUCACAGUUUACUUACAUUAGUUCAAAAAUGAGGGAAUUGGCUAGAUUUGUACUUACUGUAAAUGAGAUGGACUGUGGUGUCCAAUAUCUGCAUGAAGUAUGUGUACCAUCCAAAUUUAAAUUGGCUGUUCAUGCUGCCAGGAAAAUGAGUGGUCAUGACCCUACCUCUGACAGGUAUAAGACCCCAUCUCUUGCUUUAAAGAUUGGCUAUUCCUUGAAAAGAGCUACUGAAAUAGCUUUUGGAGAGAGUCGUAUGACAGAGGACCGUGAGGCAGAGGAACAAGCCAAAAGGUUCAUUGAGCUGCUUGAAAACAAUUGGAAUAACUGUUUUUCCGGUCUGUCCCUGAGCGAUGUCCCUCAGUGUGAUGAAGUUGAUGUGUCUUCACUUACUGAGGAUUUGAUUAAACUUCAGAAGUUUCUCAAGGUUGCAGAGGACACAGCAAAGAAAGAAUUGCUUGAGAGCCCCACCAACGCUGUCUGGAAAAAGCUCAAUGAAACUCUUCUUGCCGAAAUAGCUCUCUUCAACAGAAAAAGGACAGGAGAGGUUGCGAAAAUGCUGUUGGAAACAUACACAAACAGAAAGAAAGCUCCAGCUAGUGCAGACAUUUUCAAUAGCCUCUCAAGGCUGGAGCAGGAGCUUGGUGACGACAAACUAACCAGGGUGGAAAUAGAAGGCAAAAAUGGUAGAACAAUGCCAGUCCUACUAACGGCGAGGAUGAUCUCAUCUCUUGAGAUCCUAAUUGCAAACAGAGACAAAGUUGGUGUGUCAAAGGACAACCCUUAUGUCUUCGCGCGGAGCCCAGAUGCAGCAAGCUACGUCAGAGGCUCUGACUGUCUGAGGAAAUUUGCACGUGCGUGUAAUGCAAAGAAUCCUGAAAGUCUGAUCCAUGCGACAGUGAGGAAAGAGGUUGCUAUCCAUUGCCAAAUACUGAACUUAAAUGAAAGUGAAUUGGAUCAGGUGGCAAAAUUAUUGGGACAUGACACCCAGGUCCACAAAGAGUACUACAGACUCUCUGAAAAUGCAGCACAUCUAGCAGAAAUCAGCAAAUUGCUGCUUGCAAUGGAUCAGGUUCCAGUUGUAAUUCCAGGGCCAUCUGAGGAAAGGAUUGUUUCACCUACAUAUGGGACAUAUCCAGCAGGGACAGAUUCUGCGAGGGCGUAUCCUUCUGGCACAUAUCCCACUGGGUCAUCAUAUCCUGCAGGGACAUAUUCAGCGAAGUCAUAUACUGUAGGGUCACAGCCUUCAAGGUCAUAUCAUGCUGGGACAUAUCCUUCGAAGUCAUAUCCUUCAGGAUCACAUUCUCCGAGGUCAUAUUCUGCGGGGACAGAUUCUGCGAGGGCAUAUCCUACCGGAAUAAAUCCUGCUAGUUCAUAUCCUACUGUGACACAUCCUGCAGGGACCUAUCGAGUAGGUUCGUAUGCUUCAGGGACAUACCUAGCAGAGACGCAUGAUGCAAGGUCAUGUACUGAAAAAACACAACUUGCAAAUGCAUGUCCUGCAAGUCCUUAUGACCUCUCAUCUCCUGCUAGAUCAUAUUCUUCAGGGAUGAAUCCUGUGAGGACAUAUCCUGCGGUGACACAACUUUCGACGUCAUAUCCUGCUGGAACAUAUGCUGCGCAGACACUUCCAGCUCAAACACUUCCAGCACGUACAGUUAUUACUCAGACACUUCCUGCUCAGACUCUUCCAACACAGAUACUUCCUGUCGGGGCAGUGCCUGCGGGUGCAGUUCUUUUGGGGACAGGUAAGUCGGGCACAGUGUGGAAACAGAGGCCAUGGAGUGAUGCAGCUAAGGCUGCGGUGAACCGUCAGAUGGGACACUUCAUCUCAAUGAUGGAGGUUCCAGGUAAACGGGACUGUGAAGUUUGCCUGCACAAUGAACCAGCUCUAAGAGACAGGACAUGGAGGGACAUAAAAAACUAUGUGCACAACACAGUAAAAUCUAUAAAACGGAAGAAUGGCCUUACAAGAGUGGACCCCACAAAACAGACAAAGAAAGGAUUGGCAAAGAAAGAAAAAGAAACAAUAGAGGCUAAGAGUGCUAAGGACUGGGUUGGUGGAACAAUGACAGUACCUGAACAGGGUCGAGAGGAGGGUCUAGAGGCAGGUCCUGUGGCAACACCAAGGAAACCAAAGAUAUGGAGUAAUGAGGCUCAGGCUGCGGUGAGGCGGCAGCUAGGAGACUUCACUAAACUGAUGAAGAUUCCAGGUAAAAAGGAAUGUGAUGCAUGUAUUGCAGCUGAACCAGCUCUACAAGGCAGGACAUGGAAAGAUGUAAAAAACUAUGUGCAUAACACAUUAAAGACUAUGUGUAGGAGGCAUAGUUCAGGCAAACAAAACAUGGACCAUGAAAAACCAAGUCCAUGGACACAAAAUCCAGGGGUGCAACAGAAUCCAGGGGUGCAUCAGAAAUCAGGGGUGCCGUUGGGACUUCCAGAAGAGCCUCCUGUUUAUCUGUCCUUGUGAUUACCUUGAACCUCCCAGGGUUCAAAGUAAGCAAGGAUGGAGAAAGGAGAAAAUUAUUGCUUUUGAUUUAAUCUGACCAUCCUGGCUCACUCUGAUCUCACUUUAUGACAUAAAGCAAGAAUUAAGUAGAAUUUUAACCAUACCACUACCUACUUUAUUCAUUGAGGUAUCUGUAGCAACUACAUAGUGACAUUAUGCAUGAAAACUUGUUUAGUCAAUAAGGGAAUUUUCAGAACUUCUUUUGAAUUGUAAAUGUCCUUGGCACAGUGUAUUAUGUGGCGCCAAAACUCAAAGUCCUUUGGUAAAGGUCACACAUUUGCAACAAUGGCAAGUAAAGAUGGACUCAUACCUUUUUAGUUUAUUUAACAAUUCCAAUGGUCCUUUAUAUAAAGCCUGUCAAACUGAAUCUUCUGGGUCAGCAACAGCAACAAGGCUCAUGGACGCACAUUCGGAAUCCAAACACACCCCAUGUUUCCGUAAGACCCAUGUUGCAUAAAAAUGCCCAAGAUAACUGACUGAAAUAUAUGCUCCACAUGCAUAGAUAACAUGUACCAAGUACAGUGAAUGUUUUGUUUUCUUCAUAGAGGGAAAAAGUAGUGCAAACCAAGACAGUUAAACUGAUGACCAUACUUUUUUGAUCACAUUACUGUUAUCCUUUACUUUCACCAAAUGGAUCUGGAUCCAGAUGUAUAAAAUCUUUUAUGUGUAUUCUUGCCUGUACCGUUGUAUGUGUAGCUAAUGUAUAUGUGUAGGUUAGGUUUUGAGUUAAAGCAACUGACCAGCAUACCUGGGAACUUAGCAGGUUAUUUUUAGUAGAAGUGCAGUAUGAAUGGGUUUCAUGGCUCCAGACUGACCAUUUAGUCGCAUUUUGCAACCAUUUGACUUGGCUGUGCGAGAAGAAAAAAAACAUGAUCGCAUCAGUGCGAGCUGCACAUUCUACAUUGUCACCUCACUCAAACCUUCCUAUUUUUUGGGGCAGCUAAAACUAUGAUUUGGUCAAACCGUAAAGAGCAAUAUCCUCAUGAUUCCUGUAACGUAAACGUCUGUCCCUCUGCCUAUUUUGCUGGGGACUGCUGAUGUGAUGAGCAAACGGCUCUCCUCUCUGGGAGAAAAAGAUUGUUUCUCAUUGUAUAACAUUUCAAAAUGCAAUUGCGAUAAAAACACAGCAUUGGAAGCAACUACCGUAGUCCCUGUCUGUAGGUAUAAUUUUUAUUUCUCAAUAUUGAGCUCUGGGGCAACUAUUUUACAAGCAAGCGAUUUGAUAUGGCUUUGCGAUACGGAGCGGUGCACAAAAUGAACAUUGGUUAUUGCGAUCUUUUUUUACAUUUUAUUUAACUAGGCAAGUCAGUUAAGAACAAAUACUUAUUUACAAUGAUGGCCAACCCCGGACGACGCUGGGCCAAUUGUGCGCCACCCAAUGGACUCCCAAUCACGGCCGGAUGUGAUACAGCCUGGAUUUGAACCAGGGUGUCUGUAGUGACGCCUCUUGCACUGAGAUGCAGUGCCU